AUGACUGGGACUAUGGAUAAUACUCCCAAGGAGGGCUUUUCCCUCAUCUACCAGAACCCCUAUCUCCUGGGGGUUGCAUCAUUCUCAACCCUAGGUGGAUUGCUCUUUGGCUAUGAUCAAGGUGUUAUAUCUGGGGUUAUUACGAUGGAGUCGUUCGGAGCCCGCUUCCCUCGUAUCUACACAGAUAGCAGCUUCAAAGGAUGGUUCGUGUCUACGCUCCUUCUUGCUGCCUGGUUUGGCUCUCUCAUCAACGGACCCAUUGCCGACAGACUUGGACGCAAGCUAUCAAUCAACAUAGCAGUUGUAAUUUUUGUCAUUGGUUCAGCCAUUCAAUGCGGCGCAGUGACAAUCCCGAUGCUCUUUGCCGGGAGAGCCAUCGCAGGUCUGGCGGUUGGUCAGUUGACCAUGGUGGUGCCUUUGUACAUUUCAGAGGUUUCUAUUGCCGAAAUUCGAGGUAGUCUUGUCGUCAUCCAACAGCUCUCUAUAACCAUUGGUAUUCUGGUCAGUUAUUGGAUCAACUAUGGCACAAACUACAUCGGAGGGUCUCGCUGCGCCCCGGAUGUUCCUUUCAGCAAUGGUUCCAAAUUUGAUCCCUAUCGCGAUGUGCCACCGGGCGGCUGUGACGGACAGUCUGAUGCGUCCUGGAGACUACCCUUGGCUCUUCAGAUCGUCCCAGCCAUGAUCCUCGGGCUGGGCAUGUUAUUCUUCCCUGACACUCCGCGAUGGCUAAUGAUGAAGGAGCGAUACGACGACGCGUUGAGGUCGCUGUCCAAACUGAGACGAAAAGCUAGGGACUGUCCGGAACUCGUUAAUGAAUACCUGGAAAUCAAAGCUUCAAUUUUGUUGGAGAAUACCUUUGCGCAAGAAAAUUUUCCGAACAUGUCUGGCCUUCGAUUGCAUGCUGCUCAGUACCUCUCAUUCCUGACUACAUGGGCUCGGUUCAAACGGCUCGCAAUCGGAUGCGCCGUCAUGUUCUUUCAGCAGUUCAUGGGCUGCAAUGCAAUGAUUUACUAUGCCCCAACCAUCUUUGGGCAACUUGGGCUUGACGGUAACACGACCUCACUCCUCGCUACCGGCGUCUACGGAAUCGUCAACUGCCUCAGCACCCUCCCAGCACUCUUCUUGAUCGACAAGGUUGGCCGUCGUCCUUUGUUGAUGUUUGGGGCCACGGGCACCUGCAUUUCCCUGGCCAUCGUAGGCGGCAUUAUCGGCGCCUAUGGAUCAGACUUGGUCAAUCACAAAUCCGCUGGGUGGGCGGGGAUUGCCUUUAUCUACAUCUACGAUAUCAACUUUUCAUACUCGUUCGCACCCAUCGGUUGGGUCCUGCCGUCGGAAAUCUUUAACCUUUCCAUCCGCUCUAAGGCCAUCUCCAUCACGACCUCGGCGACUUGGAUGUGCAAUUUUAUCAUUGGUCUGGUAACCCCAGAUAUGCUCGACACAAUCACCUAUGGCACCUAUAUCUUCUUUGCAGCAUUCUGCCUUUUGGCGCUGGCUUUCACAUUCUUCUGCAUUCCAGAGACACGCGGGAAGACUCUUGAAGAUAUGGAUCUGAUCUUCGGUGACACAGCAGCCCAUGAGGAGAAGCAGCGCAUCGUUCAGAUCGAGGCGGAGCUCCGGGAAACUCAGGCCGGCGAUCCAGAUCUCGAGAAAAAUCCAUAUGCGCGACAGGAAGAGGAUGUUUAG